UAGGCUUCAUCGAGUGAUUGGGUUUGUAAACGUGUGGUAGCCUCGCCGACGCUUCCGACCGUUUUAACUGACAAAACUGGGACAAAAGGGCUAUCGAAUCACGGGAACAUUCCAUACAAUUGGAAAAGGUUAACCUAACCUACCUUCAAUUGCAACAGCUGCUUUUCAUGCUUGGUGCCGAUGACUGACCAGAAACAACGAUAAUCGCCGAGGACUUAUAUUGAUGACAAGAGGUCUUCCUGAACCCUUCCUUGCAUGGCUGAAUUACAGUUUAUUCAUGUAACUGGGAGACGGUAGGUGCUACUUGAUGGCAUCUGGUUCAGAUGAUGACUUGAUAAUUAUUGUAUGCACGAAUCCAAAUGUAGAUGAUGCCAAGAUCACGGACCGAGAAACUCUCAUUUCUGCUGUGGAUGUCUUCAGCUGGGAUUUGCCCCUGUUGGUCAAUUGCCAAACAGUCGAAAUGCAAGCACAUCGAAAGAGGCUCAUUGAACGAUCUUCAUAUUUCCGUGGCCUCCUUUGUGGAAGUUUUAGUGAAUCAUGCCUGGACUGUAUUUCAAUCCAGUGGAACCUGGAAACAUUUAUUAAUGUUAUGAAGUCUAUUUAUAGCUUCCCAUUGGAUAUAACAUCCCAGAAUUUCAUUCAUCUUCUUGAGGGUGCACUUUAUUUUGGAGUGGAGUCACUUGUCUUAAAGUGCAGAACUUGGUUCUCUUUGAUAUCUUCAUCCAAGGGGCCUGCUGUGCUUUUGGAUGAUCUGAUUAAUAUCUGGAACUUUGGUUUAGAGCACGCAAUUGAUUUUGUUCCAGAAUUAUGUGCGAGCUAUCUAGCAAGAAAUUUUAUGUGGGCCAUGUCCAGUACUUUUUUUGGUGAUAUUCCCUAUAGCUUGUUAAUAUUAUGCAUAAAGCAUCCACAUCUAACCGUAGACAGUGAGAUGCGUCUUGCUGAUGCAAUUUUUGUUUGGCUUGAGAAUAACACAGAACAAUCAGAAAGCCUGAGCAAAAACAAAGAAUUAUCAGUUGACUUGUUGAAACAGAUCCGGAUUAGUCUUUUGCCUUUAUGGUUUGUGGCAGGCAAAAAAAACUCUGACUAUUUUUCAGAGCUUGCUGAUGUGAGCAUUGACUCAACGUUUAAAGUGAUGAAGAUUCGAACCAAAGGCUCAAUUGAUCCCUUAGAGGAUUAUGACUCGAAUCAUCUUAGGAUUCGGCUGACAGAAUUUUCUGAGAAAGUAGACGUUUCAGGCUGUCCACAACUAUCAUCAGAGUUUUUGAUUCUAUCACUUCUUCCUUCCUCAUAUUCUACGGACUCCACACUGAGGAAAAGCAUUGGAAAAUCUUUCCUUAAUAUUGGUCGUGCUGACAGAGAUCAAUGCCAAAUUUUACCUGGGUUGCCACCAAUUUUGUCUUUUGAAGCAGUACAGGAGGUUGAUAUGUCCAAGUGUCCAAGAUUGCAUCUUGAACCUGCUAUUGAGUACAUCUCUCUGUCAUUUCCAUCUUUAAGGACACUAAAAGCAGCUUAUAUUUCAAACUUCAAGACAAGUACAUUGCUGAAAUUGAUGCACAAGUGCCCUCAGAUCAAUGAAGUCGACUUAACUGUUGAUGCUAGUCCAGUAAUACCAACACAAGUCUCUGUUUUAUCCUCCUCAAGUCUGGCCAUAGUGCCAACAAUAUCAAAUCGGUCCUCUAUUUUUCGGUUAGAAACUACCCCAUCAACCAUCACAAAACUCACUUUGCAGGGCCGAAGUAACAUUUGUGAUAUGGAUCUCCAAUAUAUCUCAGAAAUCUCUGUUUCAUUACAGUACAUAAAUCUUAACGGGUGUAUUUCACUAACGGAUCUCUCCAUAUCAAAUCUUCUACGCCGAUGUGUUAAAUUAAACUCAAUCUUAGUAUGUGAUACUUCAUUUGGUGUGGAUUCAAUUCUAGCUCUUUGCUCUGCCAAUUUCAGUUUUGGUAGUUCUGCUGCUUGUCUUGGAAAGCAGCACCUAGACUCAUUGGCAUGUAACCUUCAAACCCUGCAUAUGGGUGGCUGCAGAGGUGUUGAUGAAUCAUCUCUACUAAAGCUUCUGUCUCAAGCAAAACAGCUGCAGAGUCUUUGCCUGAGAGAAACUCACGUUGUUGAUGAUGUUCUUUAUAGCUUUUCAGGUUCUUCCUUGGUGACGCUUGAUAUUUCGAACACUAUGAUUUGUGUAGCAGCUUUGGCUCAUAUUGUCCAGAGAAAUCCUGAUUUGAAGUACUUGAAUGCAAGGGGAUGUAGGAGGUUGAGUCAACUGGAAACCAGCCACACAGGAUUGGAUUCUUCUUUUUCUUCUUCUUCUUCACGAUCGUGUAAUCAGCUGCACAUUGCGUUGGGCAAUGCAUGCAGAUUGGAGGAAGUAGCGUUUGGUUGGGGAUUUUCUGGCUUCUCUCUGGUAAUUUUGGAACCGGCCCUUAUGUCACUGAGGUCUAUAACUGUUGGCUUAGGCGGAUCACUUGGGGAAGAUGUGCUGAGAUGUCUACCCAUGGUGUGUCCUAUGCUCGAGUCAGUGAAUCUUUAUUUUCAGGUAAUAUCAGAUGCUGCAAUUGUAAACAUUAUAGAAUCUUUGAAGCACUUGCAAGUGUUGGCCUUGUGCUACUGUUUUGGUGAUAUCUCCAUAUUAAGUUUCAAGUUUGUUACAAAGAAUCUGAGGAAACUGAAGCUUGAAAGGGUAACUCCUUGGAUGACCAACAAUGACUUGGGUAUUCUGACUCAGAACUUUUCAAACUUGAUUGAGCUUUCAUUGACAGGAUGCAAGCUUCUGAAUUCAGAUUGUCAACAGCUAAUCUCUCAUGGAUGGCCAGGCUUAAUAUCUCUUUCUUUAGAGGAUUGUGGAGAAGUAACAGCAAAUGGGAUUUCUUUUCUUUUUGACUGUGUGGCUAUUGAAGAUCUUGUGCUGCGUCAUAAUGGACCGGGGUUACAAAAAAGUUUUGUUCUUGAUGCCGCUUCUAAGAUGCCAAUGCUUCGACGAAUAUCUUUAGAUAUGUGUGAUGCAAGUGAAGGUGACUUUGACAUCCCAGAUUACAUGGACAGGUUCUUCCUAAAUACUGUGAAGAUAGCAAGGUGUAGACCCCAAAGAGGCUCAGUAGACGUUGGAUUAUUAAAGACAUCUCGAAGGCUGCUGGUGCACAAGGAAACUUUAGUAUUGGUUUGGAACAGUGAAAACUUUGUUCGGACGGUGAUCAAGGAGAGGCUCUAAAUUUAAUUUUAGUACUGGUGCAUAAGUAAAUUAUUCAUUAGCCUUCGAAAACUUUCUUCUCUGAGAAUACUCAAAAGUGUGUUGUGUUGCCGUUUCCUAUUUCUUGUAAGAGUAAUGUAUUAUAAGCUCUCAGUAGACUAUAUAUCGGAUGCGUUCUUGUAACAUUUAGUCAACAUUGUCGAUUUUUACGUGCCAGUGUGAUGUUUAUCGGAAAAUAUUUCUCAUGUUUGUGUGAUGAGACAAAGAAUAGAUAUACCUA